UUUAGUGGUUGUGGUUAUAGUUGUAUUUUUUGUUGCUUUUGUCUUCUCUGAUUUAUAGUUUUAUUAUUAUUGUUAUUUUUGUUAAUUUUAGCCUUACAAUUAACAAGAAAUCUAGAACUAAUAGUUUUGUACCAUCAAUGUUUACCUCAAUGGUAAAAAUAAUACCUUAUAAUAGUGUUUGUUGAUUUAAAUACUUAUAAAAAUCAUGGAUGUGGAUCUACUACGGCCGGGCACUGUACCUAUAUCCCCUGAUACUAUAUUAUGGUUCGAAUUUCUACUUAACGAAGACCUCCUCAAGAAACAUCUUAGUAAACCCAAUCCAGAACCAUCACCAUGCGAUUUAAUAGAAGAAUUUCUAUCCGUGGACACAGACAAUGGAAAUUCAAAGCCAACAAGUGAGAGAGUGGUGGAUGUAGAUGCACCACCAAGUCCACCCUCUGAGACUACACUGACUCCUUUGCAAUUCAGUCUUAAAGAGCUGGCUCUUAAAAUUCUAGCACUUAAAGUGGCAGCAACUCUUCACUGGAAUUUAGAUGUGUUGGAAGCUAAACUACCUCCUCAAAUCCAGCAACAGUUAAUGCAAGAUCUAGUUUACAUGGCAUCUGAUUCAGCAUUUAUUAUACCACCACAGGAGUUUUCACAGGAUUUAUUGCAUAAACCUCAGGUUCAGUUUGCCUUGACUUUGUACCACAGAUGGAUACUAAGAUUUCCUGUGAAAGCUGCAUUAUAUGCUAAAUCCACAAAAAUGUCCUAUAUGCAUGUGCCCGGUAUACAAGCAGAUAGUGGGUAUACACCAUUAAAUCAAAAUUUUGAAAAAAUCUUAAGAAUGUCAGAGCUAUCUCGAAUGAACAGUAUCAAAUACUUAGAAGAAAUAUUAUCAUACUAUGAACUAACUCCAGAAAGCCGCAGAGAGCCAAAAAAAAUUAAAAUUCCUGUCAUGGAUGCAUUUGUCCACCUUAAUGAGGAUUCCACUGAUAUGAAUCAUGACUGGAAUGCUGGGAAAAUUGUCAUCAAUCAAUAUGAAUUGGCAAUGCAAAUUCACUUUGACCUCUGUUAUAAUUACUUUUUCUAUGGUCAACAUGACAUGGCUGCAAAACACAUACUUGGUUGCAGAGAAAACUCAAAUUUAUUGGAAAGAGAGAUAUCUUUAUAUGGAUAUGGUUCCCACAAGGUUAUGCCGUGGGGAGAUUUCUAUUAUGCAAGUGUUGCCAAGGAAGAUAUAUUAGGCUAUAUCAGAGCCUUAAAUUUAGGCAGCGAAGUACUUAAUGAAGAACCGUCAUUAUUACAAAAAUUGCAAGAAUCCAUUGCCAAUCAUUAUGCUGGACUUAUAGCUGUACUUCAGGCAGAUAAUUUAACAAAAGAGAUUCCCAUGGUGCAUAGGCAAGUGGUGGAAUUGGACAUCCAGGGAUCUGCAUCUAGUGGAGCAUUCACUGUGGCUAGAGAUCUUCUGAAUAGAGUGUCAGCACUCAACGCCGUAAGAUAUGCUCUUGAAGGAGGCUUACCCUCAACUCAUCCUGAUUUCCUUAACAAAUUCAAAACAGUCGGUAUAAAGUUUUUUGAUCUCUUAUUUUGGGCACUCGCGCCAGUGUUGAUGUCUAAAUUAUCUAAUGACGAUUGGGCAAAUUUGAAAAUGUUUUUCCUUCAUUUAGCUACGUCUCAAUGUAGACUCCCAGUAGAAAGAAUAGAUGAAUAUUUAAAGAAACAUGUAGGUGAAUCUGCUGAACGUAUUAGAAAGAAGUUAAUAUCUGAUGAAGAGUUACAGACCAUAAUCAAUGAUCCAAUAAACAGUGACGAUGAGAAUAUGGAAUUACCACGCGAAUUACUCACUGAUGAUUGGGAUACACCAGACUUUGAAAUAAAAACUGUACCUGAAUUAGAAAUGGGGAGAUUAAAGAAGCAACUUAUCGAAGCAUCAACAGCUGACGACGUGCGAAUGUGUUUAGUGAAACUAGCCAAGACUGCACCUUCGUCUCCGUUGUGGAAAUUAAGUCCAUCUUGGAAGCCAGCUGGUAGUUUAGGUAAUGCUUUGACAUCUCUGCCUAGAGGUUUUUUGCAAGAUUUCGGUUAUAUAGUAUCAGGGGCUGCACGAGCUCGUGCUGAAGCAGGAUGCGCCCGUACCGCUUUAUCUUUACUAUCAGUAUUAGAGGGAGAGGUUCGAAACCAACUAGGCGGAGGGACCGACUCCACAUUAUACAAACUAUGCCGCCAAUUGUCUUGGGAAGUGUUAUUGUUGCAAGUAAAUGUAAUGCUCAGCGAAUGGCCACACCACCGCAUCAAUUUGACUGCGCUCGCAAACAAAUGCAAAGCUUGUAUAGCUGCUGCGAACUCCGGCGAUGGAAUCGUCCCAAGACCACAGGUGCUAGAAGCGUGCUGGACUUGCUUAGUGAACGCUUGCGAGUGGGAGGGUGUGGUCGCGACCACCGGUCCCGGAGAGAUCGCCGCCGCUCUGUGUGCCGCAUGCUUUGAGCUACAGAGGGGUAAAGCCACACGAAAAUUCCCAAGACCUCUGUGGGAUAUAGCUUUAUCGGUGUACAGUAAUGGUUCGAGCGGUCCUAUCAAGCGUAACGCGAGCGGUAUGCCUUCACACUCUCGAGAUGCGCCCAACGCGAGCACAGAGGCGCGAAACGCUUUCAACGCGUUCUUGGCUACACUCCGGGAACCGCUUGCUGUCAGUGUGAUGUUCUCCCUCCUGGCGAGGAUACACAACCUUCUCAUAGAUGACAGUUCGCUCGAACUCGUAGUUGAAUACACAUCACUGUGGCCAUCGACCAUAUCGAAUGUCAACAAUUACACUAACAACAUUAAGUACAUUCUUGAAUCUCUCACCGAAUUGUUGGAAAGGAGUUUGAAGUUAUACCCAUAUAAUACAUCGUGGCUGCGGUUAUACGGCGACGUGGAGAUGUGCGGCGGGCGAUGGGGUGCGGCGCUGCGGCGGUACAUGUGCGCGUUAGCUGCCGGCUCGUGGCUGUUCGCCAAGCGCGCGCCCGACGAAGGCAGCGUGGCGCGGCGUGCGGCUCGCUGCUGCCAAGCGCUGGCCGCGCCCACGCAGGCCGCCGCGCUCUGCCAGCUGCCCGACGAGCCCGACUACACCACCGCCUUCAAGUGCCUCGCCGAGAAGACAGGGAAUGCAGCGGAUGCUAUGGACGCGUACUACGGCUGCCUGUGGGACGGUACGCUUUUGGAAGUAUGCGUGGCGUUGCACGCUCGACGCGGGGAAGGAGGGAGGCGGGCGCGCGCGGUCGCCGCCGCCGGCGCUCUCGAACUGAACGCCAACAACAGCGAAGAUAUACAGCGCGAGGCCGCUGCCACGCGUCGCGCCAGGCUGCUGCGGGCACUUACCAACCAGUAUGUCGCGUGAACAUGACCGCUAGCAGCGACCACAUAACCCGCGCCAAGCUGCUGCGAGCGCUUACCAACCGGUACGGCGGAUGAACAUAGACGCUAGCAGCGAGGUUACACCGAAUUACCGUUAUCAGAAUGCUGCAAACACUUAAGAACUAAUGUAGUGUAGCACUACUCCAACAACGACGAUACUGUAGUUCCAUCGUCGUGUAAAGUAUGUAUGUAUGACCACGAGACAGGAUUCAACGAUGAGGACUUAUAAUAACUAUAAUUGUCUUGUAAACUCAACUUAGACAAGUGAAAAUAUAGAAUUAAACACUUCAGAGACUCGAUAUCUGUCUGUAAAUAUAUUGACAUAAAUAAGGUAAAACUAAUUCGUAUGUUAAAGUGUAAAUGUGAUACGUCAUAAAAGACCUAAUGUUAAUUAAAACUAGUUAUCCAAUGGUGUGAGACUACACCUAUAUGUGUGUAAUAUCUAUAAAUAAAUUAUUAUUAAGAUUAUAA